AACAAGUCUGAGAUGUUGCACUUAAAGAAAACAUUGAACUGUUCAAAAUAUCACAAAGCACAAAGAUUAAAGAACACCAAUCAUGCAAAUAAAUAAAAAAAAAAAAAAAAGAAAGAAACUCAAUCAACUUGUAUAACAAAUAAAUCCUUGGCCAUCAUUAUCAAACCUUAAUUGCAGGCUUUUGUGUAGUGUACAAUUACAUUCGUUCAUCUAGUUCUAAUUGUAAUAUACUAUUAUCAGAUUACAGGUAAUCUUUCUUGUCUUUCAUUUUCUUUCUGUCAAUUGAUAGCUACUCUAUUAUUAUUGUAUUCUUUUUCAUUCUUACUAAGGUAUACUUAUUUUGUUCUUUCCAUUCUUGGCUAGAUUUUUUAGUAAACUUGUCAAAAAUCCGAUGAGUACAAUGCCAACCUACCUAGUACCAAUUGUUUCCGAAAUCUUUUUUCUCUACAAAGGAUUAUAAAUUUAUACACAAAUGAUAUUGAUGUUAUCAAAAUUUUUGGCUGUCUUCAUCAUAUCUACGUAUACCUCUCAAUAUCAAGUUGAAUGUAUCAUUUCAGCUCUACAAAUUUUUUCCUUGCAGAAUUAAAAGGUAAGCAUUGAUAGUGAGAAGGAAUUUAACUAGCUUAGUAGAAACCUUGCAGUCUGUGACCUAUGUUCCCAUUUCAGACAUCAAAUUAUGAUGAUUCGAACUAUUCUACAUUCCAAGAUAAGUUCAGUUUGACAAAUGUAAGUUUCUAUAGUCUUGAUGUAGAGAACAUAAAUACAAAGGGUUCUUUUUAUGGAGUUGAAGAACGGGGAGAGUCUGCAGGAGUUGAUACUAUUUCUUCUGUUAAUGGACUCUAUCAAGAUAAUAUAUGGAAACAAGAAUUACCCAUCCCCAAGUAUGAGCAGCAAGAACAGAAGCAACAGUCAUUUUCAGAUUAUGAGCAGUUUGAUGAUUUGAGAUUUCCAAUCCUGUCUUCCCAACUUCAGACAUGUAAUGGAAUUGAAGAAGUUGGACCUGAGAAGGAAAAAGCUUGUCCAUUUUCUUCACUUCAGCUGCUAAAAAGUCAUAGUAAUGGGUUCAAACAAUUUAGUAGUGGAAGAGUAAUCGAGCCAAGCAAUUAUACUCAUUAUUCAUCCAACAAGGCAGUAGAUGAAGGACUGUCCACUGAACAGAUCAUGCGAAUAGCUGGAUCAAGGUUUAUCCAAUCCGCUGGACAGGAAGUUGAUGUUGGUUUCUCAUUCAACCAUCCUUUUGAUUCUUUCUCCGGCCUUUCUGAUGAGGAUACAAAAAUGGUUGAACUUGCAAUAUCCCUUUUGGCUUCAGCAGAAAACAUUGGCAAUCAACAAUUUGAUCGCGCAGGCAGAUUGCUCAAACAAUGUGAUUUAUUUGCUUCUAAUAUUGGAAAUCCAGUACAGAGAGUAGUUUACUAUUUUGUUGAAGCUCUUCGAGAGCGAAUUGAUAAAGAAACAGGAAAAACCACAUUAAAAGGCUUAGGGAAGAAACAAUCAUUUGAUAUUGAUGAAGCAAUGAUGACUCCAAAUCUCGCAGUUAUGGCAAGUCAUCAGUUAAUGCCUUUUGGUCAGAUUGCUCAAUUUGCAGGAAUUCAAGCAAUUGAGGAAAAUGUUGGUAAUGCAAAAAGAAUCCACAUAAUUGAUCUUGCAAUUAGAAAUGGAAUUCAAUGGACAGUUUUAAUGCAAGCUUUGGUUUCUCGAGGCGAAUGUCCUCUCCAACUUCUCAAGAUAACUGCCAUUGCAACUACUUCAGCAUACUUCAUCAAGAAAACAGGUAAAAUGUUAACAAGUUUUGCAGAAACCAUGAACUUACCUUUUUCUUUUAAUAUAGUCGAGGUUUCAGACUUUUCAGCCAUUAAAGAAAACUUGUUAGAGGUGGAUAAAGAGGAAACUAUAGCUGUCUAUGCUGAAUUUAUGCCAAGAAGCCUAAUUGCAUUGCCAAAUAGGCUAGAUUCAGUCAUGAAAAUGAUCAGAAAUGUCAAUCCUUGUGUAAUGGUAUUUGCUGAGGUUGAAGCUAAUCAUAACUCACCAACUUUUGUGAAUCGUUUUAUCGAAGCCCUUUUCUUCUAUAGUGCAUAUUUUGAUUGCCUUGAUGCAUGUUUCGAAAGGGAUGAUCAAAAUAGGAUGAUUAUGGAAUCAAUGUAUUUUGGUAAAGGAAUAAGGAAUACUAUAGCAGCUGAAGGUGAAGAAAGAAUUAUUCGAAACGUAAAGCUCGAGGUUUGGAGGAUGUUCUUUGCUCGUUUUGGCAUGGAGGAGACUGAAUUGAGUUCAUCAUCUUUGUUCCAAGCAGAACUAGUAAUUAAGAAAUUUUCAUUUGGGGAUUCUUGCAUGCUUGAUAAAGAUGGGAAAAGUUUAGUUUUUGGAUGGAAGGGUACACCCCUUCAUUCUCUUUCUGCUUGGAAGUUCAGAUGAAUAGAAAGGACUUCAAGAGUUUGUAUUUUUUGAAUUCUUCUCAAGUUACCUUCUUAUAUCAGGUUUUGAUCGAUUGAAAAAAAAAACAACUUUGGUUUGUUAUUAUGGUGUACUAAUUGUUGUUAUUAUUACAUGUAGAGUUUUGAAUAUGCAUUUUUUGAUGAUGUAUGGGGCAUAUUAAUACUUA